AUGGACAGAAAGGAAGACACAGUAUACACAAAGAUCGGCUACGCUGGAAACACAGAGCCUCAGUUCAUCCUGCCUUCCUGUGUGGCCAUCAGGGAGUCAGCCGGUGUGGGGGAGCAGGCUCAGAGGAGGCUCACACGAGGAGUCGACGACCUCGACUUCUACAUCGGAGACGAAGCCGUGGACAAACCCAACUAUGCAACCAAGUGGCCGGUGCGUCACGGGAUGGUGGAGGAUUGGGACCUGAUGGAGAAGUUUCUGGAGCAGAUCAUCUUUAAAUACCUGCGAGCUGAACCUGAAGACCACAGCUUCCUCAUGGUGGGUCCAUGCUGUCUGCUGUUGCUAUGGUUACUGUUUCAUGGGAGCCCCCAACAC